AUGGAAAUUAUUGAGUUAAGUUCAGAAUCAGAGGGCGAAGGCUUUGUUGACUUGUGUUCAGAUGGUGAAGACAGGACCGUUCUAUGCUCAGACAGCACCGUUUCAUGCAGCUCAGACAGAGAAGACGAUGGCUAUGGUGAUCGCAGCACCCGUUUUCGCCCGCCCAUCCAAUCUCUCAGUCUCAGCACAGCUUCUGACGAGAAUAGCGACGAAGAACCAAUCAUGUUGGAAGUCGACAGUUUUUUAAGUGACACUCGUCAGGCUUCAUCCUUUUAUAGGCCUGCCGAGAAUAGACCAGCCACUGGAAAGAUAUCAAAGCUGACAAAGAAGGACUUGCUUCGGCAGCCCAUAACUUCUGUUAUUGAUGCUCAAGCCGAUAUUGGCUCAGAAGUCCCAGAGAAAAGCCUUUUCAGUGUUGAUGAGAAAGUUGUUUAUGACGAUGCCCUGCAGUAUAUCCAACAGGAAAAAAUGGAAGAAGAUUUGCCUGAAGAUGUUCUGUCAGUAUCACUCCUUAAGCAUCAGAAAAUAGCAUUAGCUUGGAUGGUCUCUAGGGAGAAUAAUGCACAUUGCUCAGGUGGAAUUUUGGCAGAUGAUCAGGGUCUUGGGAAAACAAUAUCUACAAUUGCUCUUAUACAGAAGGAGAGGCUUCAGCAAUCUAGGUUCAUGAGUGAUGAUUCAGAAUGUGGAAUAUCUGUUGGCGAUGAUAAUGAAGCAGCGCUUGAUAUGGACAAGAAGGAAUUGAAGGUCCAUGCUAGUCGAUCAAGGGCUGUUAAAGCUCAACCCAAGAAGGCCAGAGUGAGCUCCACUGCAUCAAGCUUGAGGCCAACGACUAGCCCAGCUGCAGGUACAUUGGUGGUCUGCCCUGCUAGUGUUCUUAAUCAGUGGGCUAAUGAGCUGUCGACCAAGGUUACCAGAAGUGCGGAAUUGUCUGUUCUGGUUUAUCAUGGAGGUUCAAGGACUAGAGAUCCCACUGAGCUGGCAGACUACGAUGUUGUUGUCACAACAUACACAAUUGUGGCCCGUGAAGUGCCUAAAGAAAACACUAAUGAUAAGGUUUCUCCUGGCAAUAAAAGGAAACUUAAGAAAAAUGCGAAAUGCAAGACAAAGAAGAUAAACAAACCUGGCCCACUUGCUAAGAGGCCUAUGCUAAAAAAUAACUUUUGUAGGCAGAAGGAUGCAUUGGGCAGGUUUUUCAGUGGCUGUGGAGACAUUCAGCACCCCGCUGACGAUGGACUGCCUAGUGCGGUUCUGCAGUAUGCCGACGAUACCUUAAUUGUUCUCAAGGGUGAUCAAAGAGAAACACUACUUGAUGGAGAGCCAAUCAUAAAAAUACCACCAAAGACAAUUCAGUUGAGUAAAAUAGAUUUCACUAAGGAGGAGCGGGCUUUCUAUUUAAGGCUUGAAGAAAACUCUCGUCAAACGUUAAAGGGGCGUUCUAAAGAUUUCAUACAGAAAAACUACGUGCACAUCCUUGCGUUGCUGUCUCAACUUCGGCAGGCUUGUAACCACCCUUUUCUUUUGAAGGGGAAAGAAUGUGCCCACUCAGUAGGAUUGGCAAAGCAACUUCCUGUGGUGACAGCAGUAAAUUUGCUUAAAGUUCUUGAAAGUGGCGCUGCAAAAUGUACCAUAUGUGGUGUGUGCCCUGCUUCUCCGCAUUGUGGAAGAGAAAUAAGUGCUGAAAAUCUUUUAUUCACCGAUGUAUUGAAGUUCUGUCUCUGGCCUAAUCUGGAGUCUGAAGCACCAACUAGUCAUUCCAUAGAUGUGCGCCAACCAUUCUCAGUCUGUGAAAGUAGCUACGUCUCCUCCAAGAUCCGGAACACCAUUGACAUACUGAACUCGAUCAUCAACACGGGAGAUGCUGAUGAUACCAUGGGAUCAGUUCCAAGCGAGAGCACUCCUGUUAAGGCCAUAGUCUUCACCCAGUGGACUGGCAUGUUAGACUUGCUGGAGCGUUCACUGAGCAGCAACCAUAUUGAGUUCAGGAGGUUGGAUGGGUCAAUGCCACUGAACGUAAGAGAAAAAGCAGUGAAAGAGUUCAACACUGACCCAGAGGUGAGAGUAAUAAUUAUGUCACUGAAAGCUGGCAAUCUUGGUCUGAACAUGGUAGCCGCUUGCCAUGUGCUCAUGCUUGAUCCUUGGUGGAAUCCCUCUGCUGUGGACCAGGCAGUUGAUAGGGCACACAGGAUCGGUCAGACCCGUCCAGUUACUGUUUCACGUUUAACCGUCAAAGACGCUGUGGAAGACCGCAUUUUAUCUCUGCAGGAGGGAAAAAGGAAGAUGAUCGAAUCUGCGCUGGGUGAGGACCCAUCCGGUGACAGUCCAGCAACCCGGCUCACUGUAGAGGAUCUCAAAUACCUCUUCAAGAUGUGA